AUGGAUGCUGGGAUGAUGAGGGUCCCCGUUCGACUCCUGAGUGGGAAAGCUGCAAUACUGGAAGCUUCGAAGGAGACGACCGUCAGAGAGUUCAGAGAGAGGCUGGCAGCUUGGAACUCCGGCAAUGAGCUGGACAGAAAGCUCACCUCAGUGGAGAUGAUGAUCGGAAGCAGAGUGUUGAGUGACGAGGGCGGGACGCUACAGGAGGCGGGGGUUUCUCCAGAAGCUGGCGUGCACGUGGUGUUUCGCCAAAGGAUCGCGGAAUGCGCCACCAAAGGCGAGUCAGACUAUGACCUCGAAUCCGAGGAGACCCAAGUGUGGCUCAACAUCCCAGAAGGUCAAGAAGAAGUAGAAUCGCGGGCCUUCCGUGGAUGUGUCGCCGUGGCGGGUGCCACCAUACCGAACUCUGUGACUGCGAUUGGCUCUGGUGCAUUCCAUGGAUGCGGGUCUUUGGCGAGCGUGACCAUACCGAACUCCGUCACUGAGAUUGGCGGAUGUGUUUUUGCACAUUGCAGCUCUUUGACGAGCGUGACGGUUCCGAACUCUGUCACUCAGAUCAGCCCACAUGCAUUCGAUGGUUGCAGUUCUUUGACGAGCGUGACGAUGCCGAACUCUAUCACUCAGAUUGAAAAUUAUGCUUUCCAUGGAUGCAGCUCUUUGACGAGCAUGACGGUUCCGGACUCCGUCACUCGGAUUCGCCGACAUGCAUUCGAUGGUUGCAGCUCUUUGACGAGCGUGACGAUGCCGAACUCUAUCACUCAGAUUGAAGAUUAUGUUUUCUGUGGAUGCAGCUCUUUGACGAGCAUGACGGUUCCGGACUCCGUCACUCGGAUACGCCCACACGCAUUCGCUGGAUGCAGCUCGUUGAGGAGCGUGACGGUUUCGAACUCCGUCACUGAGAUUGGCACAUAUGCUUUUGCAGAUUGUAGCUCUUUGACGAGCAUGACAAUACCGAACUCUAUCGCGGAGAUUGAACAUUAUGCUUUCUCUGGAUGCAGCGCUUUGACGAGCGUGACGAUUUUGAACCCUGCCACUCAGAUGAGCAAGCACGCGUUCGCUGGAUGCAGGUCUUUGACGAGCGUGACGAUGCCGAACUCUUUAGCUGAAAUUGAGCCGGUCGCUGAGGCCGUUGACACGCGUGGACAUCCCAGAGUACAGGACCUCAUGUCCGGACGAGGCUAG